UAGAGUUCAACCGUGUCUGUUGUGAGGCCGUAGCUCACUGAACAUAAUGGUGAACGGUGAUACAUUUUUGUGGGGGUUGAUUUAAGUGAUACAAUACCACCGUCAGAUAUCGGCUUAAUGUUCUAGAGGUUAGGUCAAAGGUACUGGGUCGAAUCCUGCGUGCGGGAUCGUAGGUGCACACUGUUGAGCAGUCCUAUAUUAGGACGAAACGGCCAUCCAGUACUUCCAGGUUUUCCAUGGUGGUCUAAUCUUGAUCAACUCAUGAAUUCAACCAUUAAAUUAAAAUUGUAUUAAAUGUUUUCUCUUUAGGAAUUUCUGUUUAAAUCUAAAGUGAUACUCUAUCUUAUAAUAGUUUGGUAAUGAGUGAAUGUUAAACAAUAGUAAAGGUUGUACUACAGAUGAUUAUUGUUGAAUCCAAUGUCAAUGUCAAUUUAGCAGACAAUAUCGAUGAAGAUAGUUUAAAAGAACCAACAUUUUGGUUAUUACAAGAAGCUAAAAACUAUUUCUAUUUUGAAUGGACUCCAUUUUAUGAAUUAAAAAGUGAUGCAUUAAAAUUGAAUUUAAAAAAAUCUGAUAUAACAAGACAAUUAAAAAUGGAUGAGACUGCAUCAAAAUUACAAACUAUUGGUAGAGCAUGUAUAAAUGAAGAGUAUACCAUUACAGAUCAUCGUUUACACAUUUAUUUGAUUGAUAGUGUCAAUUCAAAAAGGAAAUUAAAUUAUAAACGUAUUUUUAGAGUGCAAAGUCCAACAAUCGGGAUGACAAAUAAAAAGCCCGCAUACAUAACAUGGGAAAUAAACGAAAAAAUUUGCAAUCCAUACGAUGCAAUAGUGAUUUUUAAAAAAGAUUCAACAGGAUUUCAUCGAAUGCAUAUUGUCUCAGCUGAUGAAACAGCAUUUUAUUUUGAUGAAAUAUUACAAGACCAAGAAGAGAUUAUUAUUACAAGUUAUCAUGAGAAUAUGUUUGGUUUAUCUGAAUUAGAAAUACGGAAAGAAAUCUGAUGAACCAGAUCGAUCAAUAAAUAUGAAUAAAACGAAGAAACAUGUUAUAGGUAAAUUGAAUUAUCAUCACCUUCUGAAUAUUACAUUCACAAAUAUGAUUUUCAUUAUGUAACUAACUAAAUUGUGAUAGUGAACUAAUUUUAACACGAAAAUGUCAUGAUAAUUUGACAACGAUCAAAUAGGUGGUUAUUUACAAGAAUGGUAUAAUGUUUCAAAUUAUUUGAAUUGUAGUAUGAACUAAGAAUCCCAGAA